CAGGCAGCAGAAAGCCAAUGACGUCUCGCGCAUGCUCAGGUUGGAAUACAGCGCUAUAAGGAAAAAGUGCGAGAAACAAAGAAAUAAACAACCUCAGGAAAAGAGAUAAAAACGUCAAUUUGACAGCAGAGGAACAGCUCGGAGUCUACAGCAUUGUGUACUGGUUGCAGUGCGCGUCUUGCGUGGUGUGAAUUCUUCAUGACUGCCACAAGUUCAGGAGUUUCACUUGGUCACCUGUGUGUGUUUUUCCUGGAUGUUUUGCAACAUCUGAUCUGAGCCAAAAUGGAAAGAACUGCUUUGUGUUAGAGACCACUUUGGUCUUCAACAGGUCCACAUGCGAGAACCGUAUGUAGAACACAGAAAGGAGAUGCCAGUGCUGAUUCCAAGAACAUUUCGCUGUUUUGUCAUCUGCUGAUAUUUUCUUUAUCUUCACUCAUACACUCUCAGUAGAUACAUUGAACUGGCUUCAGUUUUCUCAUUGUAGCUAUCUUCCCCUCCCCUUGCCAUACACACCAAGCAUCUGAGUGGUUGUUGUGGAGAUGACAGCGGUGACAGAGUAGCAGAGUAUCUGGGAUGGGGAGUACACCAUGUUCUGGUAAGGGGAGGGGGGUCGGUAGUUUUCAGGAGCUGGGCUGUAUGCCGUGGAAGGUCAGCAAACAGAAAAGUGAGGCUGCUGGAGGUGGAUGUGCCCCUGAAUCGUAUGAAGCUUUAAAUGCCAGAGUCGUCCCUCCUCCUCAACAACCUCCUGCCAUCUACCAUGAGAAGCAACACAGAGAGUUAUGUGCUCUGCAUGCACUAAAUAAUGUCUUCCAGGACGGUGCUGCCUUCAGUAGAGAGGCACUUCAAGAAAUCUACCAGAGGCUCUCCCCUAGCACAUUGGUAACCCCUCACAAGAAGAGCAUGCUGGGUAAUGGCAACUAUGAUGUAAAUGUCAUUAUGGCUGCAUUACAGACACGUGGGUAUGAAGCUGUUUGGUGGGACAAAAGAAGAGAUGUGAGCAGUAUCGCACUGCCAAACGUGACGGGCUUCAUUUUGAAUGUGCCGUCCAACCUGCGUUGGGGGCCUCUGCGCCUGCCACUAAAACGGCAGCAUUGGAUUGGAGUGAGGGAGGUGGGUGGAGUCUACUAUAACUUGGACUCAAAACUGCGCAAUCCCCAUCCCAUUGGAACAGCUGAUGAACUCAGGAAGUUCUUGCGUCACCAGCUUCGAGGGAAGAACUGUGAACUGCUGUUGGUUGUACCAGAGGAGGUGGAGGUCCAUCAGACCUGGAGGACUGAUAAUAUUUGAUAGUUUUCUUGGAUUGUCCAGCUCAUGCUCAGGAGGGAAUGUAAGGUUCAAUCAGGGAACCAUAUAAGAGCAAAUGGAGUUGCACUCAACAUGUCACAAAAGCACACUGGCAAGACUUUUUUGUUUACACACACAAAAAAAAAACCACACAAAAUGCUGGACACAGGCUAAAGCAGCAAAAGACAUUAACACACAGGGAUGUUGCAAAAAAAACACUAUACUGUUCUAUAAAACUUUCAACAGUUGGAAUUUGGCAAAGCAUUUUUCUAUGUCUGCCGUUUCUUUUUUUGUUUCAUACUGUUUUAGAUUCAAAAUAAGACAUUUGAAAUUCAGUCAUGCAUUCUCUGUAUAUGUUACACUCAGUCACUUCUUUGCUCUUCAUGUGAUUCCCCUUAUGUCCACAUGAUUGUGUAUAUUACACCUCAGCCUCUACUGUGGCAGUGGAGGUUUUUGAUGGCCAGCUUACAAAAGGAACCUGAAGCACCUUCACCUGAUAGUAUUCAGUGUGUGGUUUGUUGCGGGGUGUAAUGGAUAAGAAAUAUCUAAGCAGCACAGUGUGGCAAAGUAAUAACUGGAUUUUUCAUGUCAAUCUUUUGUAGGAGUCUUAGGAAAACUGCUACUUUUCUGUCUUGCACUACAGCCAUGCUACCCACAAUGGUUAUUUCCUUCACACAGAUACAGUUAAAACCAUACAAGGAUUAUUUUACAUGGAUAGUAAAAUAUAAUCUUCAUGCCCCAUUGCCAAACUGUCUGUGCUGUAUUUUGAAUGGAUGUUAAGAAUUUGUUUGUUCAUGAGAAAAAGUUGUUGAGAAAGAAAACAGAUUUAGUUCUUUAAAUAAGUGCUGGAGUUAAAAAUAGUUUUGUGAGAGAGAUUUAAAAGGAUGAGAUUGUUGUUUUGUUGUUGGUUGUCUUUUGUGUUGGUUGAGUAAUUAAGCCAAUUAUGCAGUAUAUCUGUAAAAGUUUGUUCAAGUCUGUGUAUACUGUUCAUUGUUGGGGGGGGGGGGCUUCUAAAUGAACUCGAAAGGGAAUUAUUUGAAAGGGAAAUCUAAAUGUACACCUCAGGUUUUCUCAAAACUGCACACUCUCAUUUGAUUUAGUUAACAUCUAGAUUUAGAUGAAAGAAACCUCUAGCAUUCUGGAAACCUUGCUAGGCCAAAUCCAUAAGUAUAUUAAUAAAUAUUACUGUUGUACAAAAAGGGACAUUCCACAUUUACAUACACAGGGUGCUUAGUUAAACUGUAGAAGUGUUUUGAUUUCUUUGCCAUGACAAUCCUGUUCCCUCAUGUCCCUUUUUAGGGAAGAUGUAGUCACAACGUGAUCAUGCCAUUGUUUUCCAUGCAAAUGCUUGUAAUGGCACUUUAUGUAUAAUCAAAGAUGUGUUGUGACAUCAAUAAAAUGUCUUUGUAUGUAAAUGGAUUGGUGGUCCAAUAUCUGCUAAUGUGCUGUGUGCAACGAAAUAACGGCCCUGCACAUCCAUUUGAUACUGACAGGAAAUUUAAACUUAGAUUGACCUACUAGUGUAUGUCCUGGAAGCAUACAGACCAGUUCUGAAAUAUGGAAGGCCAAUAGAUUUACAAAACAUUUAGUGUACAUGUAGGCAUGUCUGAAAAGAGGGCAGGUAUUUUUUUGUAUCUAGAGAUGACAAAAAAAACUAAAACUAUGAAUUUGCAUGUGCCAGAUUUUAGUUCAAGCCUGCAAUAUAGUACCUAAUAAUGUAGUAUACUUUUAACA